AGUAGGUGAUGCCCUUAUUUGGUAAAGCGGCGUAUCACGUGGUUUAUUUCGUGUGCCAAUCACAUUGUUGGCAGAAGCGUGUCGGUUUUCAAAAGUGUGGAACUGGCUUGGAGAUGUUUAUAUAGAGAGAAACUAUUAAAUGGGUUUAUUUUUAUGACCUUUAGUUUUUUUAAUAAGAGUUUUAAUGUCGACAAAUGGACGGUACAUUGAUCGGACCGGGGCCUUAUAGGGCCACAAAGUUGUGGAAUGAAACCAUCAGACUUUUCCGCGGUGGGAUGCCAGUCAGACGUCACUGGGCUCAUUUCAGGAGUUAUGAUCGGAGUUUCACAGGAGCUGAGGGUGUUGACUUCCUCCACGAGCUGCUCGGACAAAACCAGAACUUUGGACCGGAGGUGACGCGCUACCAAACACUGCAGUUACUCCGGAAGUUCCUUAAAAACCAUGUCAUUGAGGAUGUCAAAGGACAUUUCGGAAAAGAGGAUUUUGAGGACAACGGACGUCUAUAUAGGUUUCCUCCCCAGUCUCCUCUGAAACCUCUUCCUGUCCGUCCACCUGUAAGAGAUCACUGCUCUGUUCCCAGAAUUCCAUGCUGGGAUGACUUUGAGGAAAUUGCAGUGCCUGAAAACAUACCCAUGAAACCUAUUGCUCUGAAUUCAGAGUCGUGGAACAAGCGUCACAGCAUAGCCAUCGGUGAGGUGCCUGAAUGCAGAUUAAUCACGAGAAGAGAAAUAAGCCCCAAACAUGUGGACCAGAUAUGGAAGUCAAUGACACUAACACAUUUACAGAAUGUUUUGGGUCUUCGGUCUUUGGACGGGGUGCUAGAUGCCAAACUCUUGAGUCCAAAGCACAUCGUGCACAAUGUGUUCAGUGUUAAUAAGCAGGGGAUUGUUGUCCUGAAGAAUAAAGCAGAUGAUGUGCCGCACUGGGUUUUAUCUGCUAUGAAAUGUCUGGCAAACUGGCCCAAUGGGAAUGACACCAGGCAGCCCAUGUAUCCAGGGUUCGAGAGAGACGUUUUUAAGACGGUGUCUGAACAUUUCCAAAGACUGAAAGAGCCACUGUUGACUUUCCAUCUGUAUGAAAUCUUUGUCAGUAUUUUGGGUCUCCUGCAGCAGCAGCAGGUCGCGCUUGAAGCUGUGCAGGUUUGCUGCCUCCUGCUGCCUCCGGCCAACCGUCGUAAACUGCAGCUGUUAAUGCGACUGAUGGCUAAAGUCUGCGCCAACCCAACACUCCCCCCUCUGAACAACGCUAUAGGAGCACGUACCCUGAUGGUCCAAACCUUCUCGCGGUGCAUUCUGGGCUCGGCGGAUGAGGUGGACUUGGACGAGCUGUUGUCCACCAAACUGGUGACGUUUAUGAUAGAUAACCACGACAGUGUGCUUCAGGUGUCAUCCAACCUGAGAAGAUCUGUUGAGGAACACCUGUCCCACCUCAGACGGGCUCAGAUCAAAUAUGCAGGUGCGGACACGUCCAUGAUGUCUCCAGCACAGUCGUUCUGUAGACAGAUCAGCAGAGAGCAGUUUGAGCAGCAGAGAGUGUCCGGUUCUCAAGGGGCCAUCGUGGAACUUCUGGAGAACAUCAUACAAGACAAGAACAUGUCCAUUAAAGAUAAAAAGAAAAAACUUAAACAGUUUCAGAGAUCUCAUCCUGAUAUUUACCGGAGGCGCUUUCCCACAGCAGAAAGUGAGGCGUCCGUUUUCCCCGACAGGUUGCAGAAAGUCAAACCCCAGCUGAUGUUCCUCACGCUGAAGAAACCCUUCCAACCCUUUCAGAGGAGCUGGAGCUUUCGUGCUUGAAUUGUUUUUUUUGUGGUUAGUCAGUAGCCACGCAAAGUAUUAUCAAGGAAAGUUGUUACAAGAUGUAUAAAAGACUGGACUGAAGUGUUGGUUAAAAUAAAGUUUAAUGCUGUGCAUUAAAAUCCUUUGGGAAUUGGCCAAAAAUAAAAAAUAAACAUUUUAUAACAGCUGAACACCAAAAGGCGUCAGUAGUGUCUAUUGCUAAAGCCGACGUUCAGCAUUUCCAAUCUGUUUUUAUGGAGCAGUAAUUAGUUUUGUUUUACCUCCAGGUAUGUUCUGUUCUGUCAGCUGGAGGUGUUGUGUAUUAGCUGUCAUGUGUUCUGGUAAAUCACUGAGAGUCCAUUGAUCUCUGUGGAUCAGAGGAUAUUAAUGCUGGUCAACAUGUAUCAUUUUAAAACUCUCGUUUUAUUCUCUGUUCUGUGUGUAUGUAACAACUACUGAUACCACUACAAGCUGUACGUUUCUAUUUUAUAUACUUCAGUGUAAAAAUACGUUGAAGUCAGGUAGAAACAACUAGAUGGUACUCGAGUCCAUGUUUCUGUUGUUAGUUUGUUUUUUUUACGUGUAUUUUAUUUGUUUUUAAAGUGUCUGUCAUGUUUGUCACACAUCACUUAGCACUAAAUGAAACACAUUUCCUUACAUUUAUUUCCGUGAACUGUACUAUUUAUAAGGUUUUUACAUUUGGUAGUGUAUCAUGUGGUUUUUACUCGUGGUAGUAAAAAAAUGGUUCACUGAUUUCAGACACACAUUUUGGAUGAAAUUAAAUGGGUGAAUGAAUCAUAUGUUUAGGUCACACUUUAUUUUAAGGUCCAGUUCUCGGUUUUAGUAAACUAUUAACUACGACUUUUGCUUAGUUAUCUCUUAAUUUGUUGCUUAUUAAUAGUUAGUAAGGUAGUUGUUAGGUUUAGGUAUUGGGUAGGAUUAGGGAUGUAGAAUAUGGUCAUGCAGAAUAUGUGCUUUAAAAACAGCCAAUAUGCUAAUAAUAGGCACGCUAAUAAGCAACUAGUUAAUAGUGAGAAUUGGUCCUUAUACUAAAGUGUUACCACUGUUUAAAGUCAAAUACUGUAUGUUUGAAAAUGGAUCUUCUGACCAACCACUGGAGUUACUGUUACUGAUUUGAACAUCUUCACUGUGAUCAUCACAAAUAUGCAAUUAUGUUUCUAUUGGAUUUAUAAUUUCUUUACUAUUUUCCUGAGUUAAUAUAGUAAAUUGGAGUACAUAUUAAGGAUCAAUCCAUUCAAAAAACUGCUACACUGAAAAAGCUUAUUGAUGAUAUCUUAGAUCUUCCAUCAAGAUCACUUUAAAUUUAAAUGACAAAACGUGU